AGACGCGAGAUUUUUCUUUGAUGCCGCAGCUUAGGGAAUGUCGGGAAGGACGACCACGGUAAUGCGUGUAGAAGAGCAACUGGUAAUUGCAGGAUACACUGUGACAGUACUUCUCCGAGCGUACGUAGACGAGGACUUGACAGCGAGUGAGUGCAGACAACGAGCUAGGGAUCUGAUCGACGAGCGCAGAGCUGAUGUACUGGCACGGGUGACCUUCCAGACCUCGAUUUCCUAUGAUGUGAUGAUAUGGUCUCAUGGUUAUAUGCGCGCGGAGUACUACCACGAUGAGACGGUAGCGGAGGCUAGAGCGAGGGUGAGAGGGUCAGCUGGAAAAAGAUGUGGACUGAGAAUGGAAGAGGAGAGUGAGGCAGUCGGAAGAGUGAGAAAGCGCGUUAAAGAACCACUCUUGAGCCAGGUAAAGAAGUUAGUGAACAAGUUAAGGAAGAUCUGGUCGUGUCAGGGCGAGGAUGAAGAUGAGAGCGUACGGGCAUUUGGGAUGCGUUUCCAAAAGAUCUCCGACGUGCUGAUGAAGAAGGGGAAAAUCUCAGAGGUCGAGCGCUGUACUAUCUUCAUCGGACACUUGUCCAAAGGUAGGCAAAAGAGUAUGCUUAGAAAUCUUCCGCGCGACAGGCUUGAUUUCCCAGAAGUUCUAAAGCUCGCGAUAAAGGCAGAGGCAGACGAUUACAAGGACUUGGUGCGGAGAGGGAUGAGGAGACGUGACUUCUCUCUCUACAAGGAGUAUGUCACUGAUAGAUGUCCUGAUUUCAAGGACUAUCCCUGGUCGGAGAAGAAUGAGGCCGUGGCUGAGGAAGUGAAGGAGAUACGGGACAUGGUGAAGGGAUUAACGAGACAGGCUACAGAGAUUGUGACCGCUACAGGGGCCACGGCCUACCGGGACAAACCUGGAGGGCCCUAUUCACUUCGCUGGGACCGUAGGAACAACGAUCCCUGGAGAAGUGUCGAGGAUAGAAAUCCUCGGACGCUGACUAAUUAUCGUACGAGGGGAAGAGAGAGAGACGAUGAGCCAUGGCGACGUAGGGAUGAUGAGAUAGACCGRGACCGUAGAGAUCGCGAGCCGUUUGUGCGAGCUAGGAGGUUGGAUGAUUACCCGCGAAGCCCUCGCUAUGAGGCCGAUCGGGGGAGAGGCGACUCCCGCGGCCGAUGGGAGACAGAAGAGAGCCGACGAGAUGGAUAUAGGGACGAAAAAUAUGAGAGAUCGGACCGAGAUGAAUAUAGGGACGACAGAUACGAGAGGUCGGGUCGAGAUGGCUACAGAGGAAGUAGAUAUGAGAGAGGAGAUCAGGAAUGGGAACGACAAAAUGGGUCGCGCGGACGGUUUGAGCGCGGGGGAGAUGCGAGAGAGCACCGCGACGAGUCGCGGGGGUGGUACAACCGAGGGGACCGACGCGAUGAGUCACGAGGACGAUAUAACUCGGGGGACCGCCGUGAUGAUUCGCGAGGGCGGUAUGACCAAGGAGGGUUUGGAGGAGACUGGCGCAACGAUCUGCGCGGUCGGAAUGAGAGAGGGGGAUAUGGCGUCUCAUCAGAACCAUAUCCUAAGUCGUCUGACCCCAAGGCGGCCAGGAAAUCGAUCUCUAGAGGCGCAGACGACAGGGCAUCUACUCCGAGGAACUCAUGCGUCUACUAUGAUCUCGGAGAUGUAUCGAUGUUCCCUUCGAUGAAGGAAAAUGUCGAAGCAAGGAGAAUAAAGACGAGUAAAGGAAUGAAGCCGGUCAGGAGCCAGAGCAUCAAGAUAACCUUUGAGGGGGACAUGGAGACCACACCCAUAAGGGUGGCAGCCACCAAGUCGGCGAUAGGGUCUACAUCGAAGAAAACUGACACGGAUUACGUGAUGGCGGAGAAGGACGGGCAGCGGGUCGAUGGAGAGGAGGUUAUCCUUUCGGCGCGAAAGCGAGGAGUGAAGAAGUUUUUAAUGAAGAGUUCGCUGGACGAGAUUGACACGGUCGAGCCACUGAGGCGGGCCCUUCGGCAACCCAUGCAGUGCUCUAUUCUGGAGUACCUGGCGGCAUCGAAGCCAACUUGUGAUGAGUUACAGAUGAUCACGCGGAAGACUCGCAUACCUCUAUCGGAGGAGGGUCAGGGGGCCCCUAAGGCGGAAACUUCUACAGUAGCAGUAACGGGGGUGACUGCCAGAGCGGAUCGCAUGGCGACAGUCCUUCUCGAUGGAAUGGAAGGUGUGCCUCCAGACAAGUUUUAUAUACUUGGUAGCGGGGCCGUGGAGACGAUUAUAAACGAUGGAGCGGUACUCGAUACUGUGAUUGAUAACGACAGUGAGGCUGUCAUCAUAGACGAGGACCUGGCGGUACAACUUGGACUGGGCCUCGAUAGGUCAUACCUAUUCGAGAUAGAGACAGUCGAUGGGAGAAAGCAACAGAUCACUGGGGUUUGUCACAAGGCAGCCAUAGAGGUCCAAGGGAUACGAGUGACCCUGCCAGUCUUUGCAGUCAAGAACUGCAGCUCCGACCUGCUCUUGGGUAGAACGUGGCUGAGCCACGUGCAUGCGGUGACGAUAGAGCGACCUGAUGAGAGUCAAACAUUGUCCAUUAAGAAACCAGACGGGACGCGGGUAAUGAUUGAGACAGUGGAGCCUCGGGCCCGAGGAACAGAGCAAGACCCAGUGAUCAGAUUAAGUCGUUGCCUAUCUCCAGCCGCGCGGUGCGAUUUCGCGAGAAGAAAUAUGGACCACUGCUCACAGAGGAAGAAGGAGCGAGCACGUGUGAUAGAAAUUCUGAAGAGAUGUGAUAAGGCCAUAGCUUUCAGCGACGUGGAGCGUGGUAGAAUUGACCCUCGAUACGCUAAUCCAGCGAGGAUUUAUACGAUUCCACAUGUUCCUUGGAAUGACGCGGGAUGGAGAUACGCCCAGAAGGAGAAGGAAGAAGUUAUCGCUUUCCUGAAAGAAAAGAUGGUUUCCCACGUUGCGAAGCCGUCUGAUAGCGUUUAUGCUAAUCGAUGGUUCUUCCUACGAAAGCCGAAUGGCAAGAUUCGAUGGAUCCAGGACCUUCGGAAAGUCAACGCGGUGACGAUACGAGACGUGGGCUCCGUGCCACACGCCGAUUUACUGGCAGAAGGCGCAGCAGAUGAUCUCGGAGAUGUAUCGAUGUUCCCUUCGAUGAAGGAGAAUGUCGAAGCAAGGAGAAUAAAGACGAGUAAAGGAAUGGAGCCGGUCAGGAGCCAGAGCAUCAAGAUAACCUUUAAGGGGGACAUGGCGACCACACCCAUAAGGGUGGCAGCCACCAAGUCGGCGAGAGGGUUUACAUCGAAGAAAACUGACACGGAUUACGUGAUGGCGGAGAAGGACGGGCAGCGGGUCGAUGGAGAGGAGAUUAUCCUUUCGCCGCGAAAGCGAGGAGUGAAGAAGUUCUUAAUGAAGAGUUCGCUGGACGAGAUUUACACGGUCGAGCCACUGAGGCGGGCCCUUCGGCAACCCAUGCAUUGCUCUAUUCUGGAGUACCUGGCGGCAUCGAAGCCAUCUCGUGAUGAGUUACAGAUGAUCACGCGGAAGACUUGCAUACCUCUACCGGAGGAGGGUCAGGGGGCCCCUAAGGCGGAAGCUUCUACAGUAGCAGUAAAGGGGGUGACUGCCCGAGCGGAUCGCAUGACGACAGUCCUUCUCGAUGGAAUGGAAGGUGUGCCUCCAGACAAGUUUUAUAUACUUGGUAGCGGGGCCGUGGAGACGAUUAUAAACGAUGGAGCGGUACUCGAUACUGUGAUUGAUAACGACAGUGAGGCUGUCAUCAUAGACGAGGACCUGGCGGUACAACUUGGACUGGGCCUCGAUAGGUCAUACCUAUUCGAGAUAGAGACAGUCGAUGGGAGAAAGCAACAGAUCACUGGGGUUUGUCACAAGGCAGCCAUAGAGGUCCAAGGGAUACGAGUGACCCUGCCAGUCUUUGCAGUCAAGAACUGCAGCUCCGACCUGCUCUUGGGUAGAACGUGGCUGAGCCACGUGCAUGCGGUGACGAUAGAGCGACCUGAUGAGAGUCAAACAUUGUCCAUUAAGAAACCAGACGGGACGCGGGUAAUGAUUGAGACAGUGGAGCCUCGGGCCCGAGGAACAGAGCAAGACCCAGUGAUCAGAUUAAGUCGUUGCCUAUCUCCAGCCGCGCGGUGCGAUUUCGCGAGAAGAAAUAUGGACCACUGCUCACAGAGGAAGAAGGAGCGAGCACGUGUGAUAGAAAUUCUGAAGAGAUGUGAUAAGGCCAUAGCUUUCAGCGACGUGGAGCGCGGUAGAAUUGACCCUCGAUACGCUAAGCCAGCGAGGAUUUAUACGAUUCCACAUGUUCCUUGGAAUGACGCGGGAUGGAGAUACGCCCAGAAGGAGAAGGAAGAAGUUAUCGCUUUCUUGAAAGAAAAGAUGGUUUCCCACGUUGCGAAGCCGUCUGAUAGCGUUUAUGCUAAUCGAUGGUUCUUCCUACGAAAGCCGAAUGGCAAGAUUCGAUGGAUCCAGGACCUUCGGAAGGUCAACGCGGUGACGAUACGAGACGUGGGCUCCGUGCCACACGCCGAUUUACUGGCAGAAGGCGCAGCAGGUAGGUCGAUCUAUUCGGUCUGUGAUCUGUUCUCAGGCUAUGAUGAGGUACCGCUUGAUCCUAGGGACAGACACCUCACGGCUAUGCAUUCGCCAUUGGGACUAAUUCAAAUGAUGGUUGUCCCAAUGGGUUGGACUAAUGGGGUAACCGUUUUUAAGAGAGUCAUGGUAGCCGUCCUCAAGGACUUCAUCCCUGAUAAGGUCGAAGUUUUUCUGGAUGACUUUCCUAUUAAAGGGCUAGUAGACAGGGAUGAGACAGAGGUUGUACCUGGAGUUAGGAGAUUCGUCGAGCAGCACCUAACAGAUAUUUGCGCGGUCCUCGAGCAGCUGGACGAUGCGAAUUUAACAGUCAGCGGAACAAAGAGUCGAUGUGUCGUCUCGACUAUUAAGAUCUUGGGCUUUAUCAGUGACUCGAGAGGACGCCGAGCAGAUCCGACAAAGUUAGACAAACUCAUGAACUGACCGUCACCGUUACAUAGCCCAACCGAGG